GCAAAACCCGAUAAAAACACCGAAAAACCAAAACUCUCUCCUUUUUGUGCUUGUCUUGCCUUCGCUGGCCUCGUCUUCAUCUCCAACCUCCAAACCCUCGAAAUCGAACCCCAAUCUCGGCUGCAAACCCUCACGGAUUCCUCCUGAAUCCUCCCCUGUCGGCGCUUGCGCUGUUGGAAGAGAUAUGGACGUCGAUGGUGGCGGUGAGAGCGGCGGAACUGAAUGGGACUGGGGCGGGAACAAGGCGUUCGAAAACGCGCUCGCGCAGCACUUCUUGGAUAGCAGCGGUGAGCCGGAGAUGGAGAGAAUCGCGGCGGCGAUGCCUGGGAAGAGCGUGGAGGACCUUGCGGAGCACUAUCGGCUUUUGGAGAAGGAUGUCAAUCUUAUAGAAUCUGGGCAGGUGGGACUGAUGGAAUACGUGAAUGAGGGCUCGCCGGAGCAGGGUGGUGGUAAGAAGUCUGGUGGGCAGGCUCAGGAGCGGCGGAAGGGGGUGGCUUGGAGCGAGGAAGAGCACAAACAGUUUCUCUGCGGGCUUAAAAAAUUUGGCAAAGGUGAUUGGAGAAGCAUAGCCAGACACUUUGUGUUGACAAGAACUCCGACUCAGGUGGCGAGCCAUGCGCAGAAAUACUUUAAUCGGUUAAAGGCAUCAAACAAAGACAGGAGGCGAUCAAGCAUACAUGACAUCACAAUCGUUGACAGUGCAGAUGCAUCAGACCCUCAAAGGACAAAUUCCAGCCCAAGAGUUGGUGCAAUGUUGCCCCCUGUGAUCACUGCUCCAACAGUUGGGCCGAUAUUACCUCAUGGGAUGCCUGGAAUACAAACUCCACAGAUGCCGGUCUUACCUUCAGGAGUGAGUCCCUAUGGUGUUGCCCCUCAUGCUAAUUUUCCGGUUGGUAGGAUACCAAACAUGCUCUACGGCCCCUACCCUAUGCAAGCCCCGGUCACUGGCGCACCGAUGAAGUUCCUUCCUAAGAGUGAUCAAAUGCUUCAUCAUCCUUCUUCUAACCGAUAACCUGUAUUUCAUCGUCUUAUGCUUCAUUUGUGCAGAAACAGAGAAAUAGUGUUCAUCUUCAAACAUGAUAGGUUACUCUUUUUUUGGUAUUUUGUGACAGUUCAGGUUUGGAUUUAUGUAGAGUUUGUGCAAAUAAACCAAUGCAAAGGAUAGAUUGGGUAAUGUAAAUAUUAAUUUUUAGUUGA